AUCACGGCAAUCGUGUUGGGAAGCAGACCGGAAACAGCGGCAACAACCGGAAUAGUCAACACUCUCAACGCCCUCAUCUUGAUAUUGCAGAACUCCAUGCGACCUUGCCUGGUGGUUGCUAACAUACAUUGAUUCACACUAUCUCCCUUCCCCAAUCCCUUUUCUGUUACGCAGUUCUCGUGACUUUCGCAGAGAAAUGCAACCAGAGCAAAUGUUAUCAGUUCAGUUGAUAAUAAGUGUCGCAUUUGUUACGAAGCUCACGCAAGCGGUGUUGGUAUUGGCUCAAGUCUAGGGUUUUGUCGCGAUGUAACUGUGUGUGUCCACAAAGUAGAAGAAGCGGCCCGGUGGCGCAACGGUUUUCGCCUGUCAUCAAUACAGUGAAGGUUGGCUGUCCUGGAUUCGGCUUUCGUCUCGGGCAUGCAUGUGGCAUCUGUUUACAGGGCUGGCUGCAUAGCCGUGAUAUAGCCUUAGUAAUUUUAGUUGCUGCUCGGCGUAAAAAUACCCACCCCUCCUCUCCACAAAGCGAAAACCGGAUGUGAUUCAAGAAAAGAAGAAUCAGUAUCUCCCUAGAAACAGUUCGUGUUGGGGUAGGAUAGCGAUGUUUUCACGUCACUCACAUCGAUGUCAUUUUAUAGUGUACCCUAUUGAUAUGGGAAGGAAAAGAAACAGCAGCAGUAGUAACUGAUAGCAAGUCGCGUGUUUCAUCAUUUCGUAACAUUGAUGCCAUGAAUGUCGACUUGUUUCAAAUAAACCGAAGACGUAACGUGUUGACAAAUGACAAUAAACACAGCUGCAAGUCUAGGGAGAAACCCCAACAAAAAAUUUCUGCAGUGGCCUCCCGGGCAUUACCUAAUUCUCCCAUCUAGUCUAGCUAGUUAUUAAGCAAUUUCAACAAAAACGAGAACAACUUCAACAUUAUACAACUUUUCCUAAAGAUGUUGAAAAACAAUAAACUACACGUAGGUUUUUUAAUCAUUUAUUUGACUUUUCUUUUUCUCAUAAUUUUCAAUUCCUGAAAGAGUGGCAGCUACCAGACAUUAACACUCAACAGAUGAGAAGAGAAAAUAAAAUUUUUACUUUGCACUUUUCUCAGUAACCUGCAAGCCUUUUUGAGUCAAAGAACGGUGACACAAACACUUUUUUCUUUCUUCCUUUUUUUUUUCUUUUCGUUUUCUAUUUUAUCUUCAAGUUUGUUUGCACUAGCUUCACUUGUGUAGUGCAUGUAGACUUUAAAAUUUAUGUCGGUAAAGUUUCACUUGUGCAUAGCAUGUAGACUUUAAAACUUGUGUCAGCAAAAAAAAUUAGGUCAAAACGUUUGCUGAUAAUGUGCUGUGAUAUGCUUAAACUCACGUCUAUUUUAGAUAAUAAUGUGAUAAGCGUUGUCACAAAACAUUUUUUCAAGAGACCAGAAUCAGAAUUCCUAUCACGCUGUUAUUUCCUAAUUACCAUCAUUACUGAAUGAUAUCAAAUAUUAUAGCAAAAAAGUUCGCUAACAUAACGCCAUGUCCCAGACCUACAAACCAGCGCUAUGAAAGACUAAAAAAAGCAUCGCAAACAUAGCAGUUUGUUUCCUUUGGGUGGACGUGUUGCUGCAUACAAGGCAGUUUAAUUUCUGAAACCGUUACAAGCGUGGCGACAAACCAUGGAGGCAAAUCCCAGAUUCCGAUUCCUGUAUGUGGUGUGGGUUUUCUUCGAAGUCUUUUUAUUCGGAGGUCUCCUGUUUGGUUGGGGGUCGCUGGUGUUUGUGUUGAAGGAGCACGGGGUAUACAGCCAUCUUUGCGACAACACAAACGACACGUCGCCUAUGGGAAAUACAACUGUCACUACCAUCACUACACUCUUCAACCAAACACAAGAUGGGGGUCCUUCCAAGAGCAGCAGCUGCGCAGCUCGCGAUAAGAUGCUGUCGCUGGUGUUCACCAUCGCCUCCCUGAUGAACUGCGCAGGCUCCGCAGUCAUGGGCCAGAUCAACUUCAAGUUCGGCACUAGAGUAACUCGUCUUUGCGCUUUUUUUGUGUUUCUAACUGGCGGCUUGCUGACUUCUUUUACAACAGAAGACAGAUCAUGGAUAAUCUUUCCCGGCAUGAGUUUGCUCAGUAUUGGAGGCAUUUCACUGCUGAUGACCAACGCUCAGUUCUCAAUGCUUUUCACCAAAGGAAGCUCUACUGUGAUUGGAGUAGUAUGUGGUGCCUUUGAUGGCUCCGCCGGUAUCAUGAUUAUCCUCAAGGCAAGAUCUGCUGUUCGAACAGGUGUGAAACUGCAAUGGACAAUGCUGUUCUUGACCGGACUACACCUGCUGACCUUGAUCAAUACCUUCUUCUUUUUGCCCAGAAAUUUCAUCUCCAAGUCCAAGAGCAUGGAAGUCGUCUUGGGAACAGAUAUGACAACGUUAGACAGUGCGGCUUCAAAGGACGCUAAGGCACCUGUCAAGCGGGAGGAAGUGAAUCUCCCUUCCGUCAGAUCCUGCAUCUUGUCAUCGAUGUACUUGUUGCACGUGACGUGGUUCUGCAUUGUCCAGCUGCGGUUUUAUUACUUCCUUUCCUCUUUGAACAGUUGGCUGACAGACAUUCUAACCGAGAAAGACGUUAGUUACUUUACCAACGUGUCAACAUACACAUUGAUGUGUGGACUGUUAUCGACACUGCUGGUUGGUACUUUGUACGAUUUCUUCAAGCGCAUCUUUCGGGCUUUAUGUUUGACGGGAUUUAGUCUUUCGAGUUUUAAGAUAUUAUGCAACGACUCGACCACUAAACCAUUGACGACGAAGGAACGCACGAAAGAGCACUUCUUGGAGCAUCCACAAGUUGACUGCACUCUGCAUCUGUUUGUCACAGGAAGCCGCUCCAGACUCCGACGGGAGUUGAUGCCGGCUGUCAUCCCAUUGGCGUUGACGGCGUUACUGGGAGUUGGUCUCUCUGUGUUAGUGCUCUUUCGCGAGCAGAACCUCCUGUAUUUGACUUUCAUCCUUGUCACCUUAUUUCGUUCGUUUCUCUACGGAAUGGGGACUUCCUUUUUAGGGGCCAUGUUUCCCAGCGAGUACUUCGGGAUUCUGUACGGUUUGAUGCUAAUACUGGGAGGGAUCUUCAGCUUGGUUCAGUACGGCCUAUUCUCCUGGGGGGAUGCCGCUGGAUUCACCACUGUGAACUAUUUCCUCCUCAUCCUUGUCUCCAUGGCACUUAUACAUCCCCUGUAUCAGUGGUUGGUAUGCCGGCGUGCCGAGUUUGAAUGGAUCUCCAACCAUCAAGAUGAUAGGAAGUGAUAUAAAUCAUCAUAGCUAAAUGUUGAUCAAAGACUUCUGCAGAUGUUUUAUAAACACAACUGAUUGCGAGCCUGAAAAUCCUGAAGUUUGUAUAACCCUGUCCCAUACCACUUUCUUCUUGUCUUCUCUACUUCUGCUUGUAAAUGGGAAGCAGGUGGCUAGUAUUCUACCAAAGCAUCCAUUCUCAGCAGAUCCUUCAAACACUUUUGCAGCACUGGAUGUCAUGUUUUAUAGCUUGUCAGACUUCCUCCCAGCUUGUACUUCUCAUGGCAGAACACAAAAUAGUAAUAAACACAUUAGCUGUCCAUGGAAUACUUCAAAUAUUUUGGACAAUAGUGCAUGUACUUAAUAUAUGACCUUUGCCAAUUGUCUUUUCAUAAAUGUGUGCUUAUACAGCUGCAUUUUUACGUUUUAUUGUUUUGUUGAAAUGAGAUGUAUGAUGAUUGUUGAAAUGAUCUUUAUGACAAUAAACUCUCAAGUUUUCUUGAAGAUAGCAAGAGAGUGAUCAGAUACUGGAAAA